GCCGCCCGCCGCCGCCGCGGCGGAACAGAAGAUUCCCAACAGCUCCGGCGGGCUGGACGAGACCGAGGUCAAGCGCAAGUAUUCGCAGGACGUGUACAGCUACAUGGAUCGACUGGGAAACAUACCGCAGAUCGCGUACAAGGAGCUGGAGGCGGGCACGGACGGCUGGAGCCAGCACCGCGUGCUGGGCUCGGGCGGCUUCGGCACCGUGUACCGCGGCACCUGGAAAAACACCGUCUGGGCCAUCAAGCGCAUCACGCAGGCGGCCACUGGCCGGACCGAGGCCGAGCAGCAGGAGCAGAUGCGCCAGACGCUGGAGGAGCUGCGCAUCCUCAACUCGUGCCGACAUGACAACGUGCUGCCCCUCUGCGGCUACAGCAUCUCGGGCCCCGAGCCGCUGCUGCUCUACCAGUUCAUGGACAACGGCAGCCUGCUGGACCGCAUCAUGUGCCGGAGGGGCUCCCGACCGCUCUCCUGGCUGCAGCGGCACAACGUGGCGCGCGGCACGGCGCGCGGUCUGCAAUUUCUGCACACGCGCGGCACGACCCCGCUCAUCCACGGCGACAUCAAGAGCGCCAACAUCCUGCUCGACCACCACCUGGAGGCGAAAAUCGGCGACUUCGGCCUGGCGCGCGUUCCGCAGACGCGCCACACGAGUCUGACGGUGACCCGGGUGCACGGCACGCGGCCCUACCUGCCCGACGAGUACCUGCGCUCGCGCCGCCUCUCCGAGAAGGUCGACACGUACAGCUUCGGCGUGGUGCUUUUUGAAAUAACGACGGGCCUUCCUGCCUACGAUGACAAGCGUCCGAUCAAGAUGCUGAAAACGCUGGUGGAGGAGACGACCGACAAGGCAUCGCUGAUGGACCGCAAGGGAGGCAGCGCCGACGUGGACAUAUUCCCGGCGCUGCUUCGCGUGGGGGAGCUGUGCGUCAGCCGGCGCGCCAAGGAGCGGCCCGAGAUGGUGCAGGUGCUCACCGAGCUGGACACCAUCACGCAGGCCAGGAACCUGGCGGCGCGCGCGCAGCGCAUAUCGGUGGAGGAGGCGCCUUCGGUGGAGAUGUCGCCGCUGGAGCUGCAGGUGCUGAUGGACCGGCGACAGCAGGACGGUCGUCAGCUGUCGCCGCGGCCCCCGCAGCUGCAUGCGAGCGGCAGUCCCCAGUACACGGCGCCCGGCCUGAGCGCCUUCAGCGCCGCCACAGCGCCGCCGCCCUACAGCGAGGUGGUGGGCACCGGCUCCCGCUACGCCGGCGGCUCGCCGUCGCCGCCCGUAUGGCCCGCGCCACAGCCGGCGCAUUGGCAGGCGGCGCAGUAUUCGCGUCAGCUGGCGCACUCGCCGCAGCCGCCGCAAUGGCAAAUGGCGCAACACUCUCCGCAGCCGGCGUACUCGCCGCAGCCGCCGCAGCGCCACAUGGCGCACUCGCCGCAGCCGCAGCAGCCGCAGCAGCGCCAGAUGGCGCAGUCACCGCAGCCUCCGCAGUGGCAGCCAGUGUACUCGCCACAGCCGGCACAGUGGCCGACGGCGAACUCUCCGCAGCCUGCGCCGGGUGCGGGCCCGCCCUCUCUGCAGUGGCGGGGUCCGCCGUCGCCGGUGGGGGGCGCCCUGCCGACGGUGCUGCCGCACAUGCUGGAACAGUCGUCGGCCGGCGAGGCGGCGCCGGAACCGUCGCUGGGCCCGGCGCCGCUCCUGACGGCGCUCGGGGUCAAGAGUGGCUCCUCCCAGGCGUCCGGCGCGCUGCGCGCCGACUCGCGCCUCUCCACGGGCGGCACGUACACGGACGUCUCCGAGACCCAGUGACGGACCCGGAGGUUCAGCGAACGGCCCGGAGAUCCAGCGAACGGCCCGGAGGCCCAGCGAAUGGCCCGGAGAUCCAGCGAACGGCCCGGAGGUCCAGCGACGGAUCCGAAGGUCCGGAGAACGGCCCGGAGGCCCAGCGAACGGCCCGGAGGUUCGGCGAACGAAGCCCGGCGACCGCCCCUCAGGUCCGGCGGUAGUUCUGAAAGUUCCUGUUGCUGCCACCGCGGCCACUGACGUUUCAGUGACUUCAGUGCAUGCUAUCACCGUUUGGCUGUUCGCUGUCGUGUCUCCAGGGUUGACUGCUCCCGUGACUUCGGAAGCCCUAGAACCGGCCGCUGCCCGGGUGUGUGCAUAUUCCCGAUCUAUAUUUUUGUAUAUAUUUUUGGCAUACUGUAUGUAACAUACAGCUGACCUGGUGUUAAACAGGCCUUGUUUUAAGACAGACCGUGGUCGCGUAGACGUACGAACGGGGUCCGUGGGUGACAUAGCACCCCCACUGUCGGAAAAUGCUGAACACUAACCCUAUGCCGACGAAUAUACAGAUGUACAUGUGCAGGAGAACACAUGAACAUGCGGCGAACAUGUGUCCCUUAACAUGUAAACCACUUCAGUCUUUGCGCAGGUCUCAUAUGCGGUACAACUGGUGUGUAACGGGAGCUUCUAGUGACGCUAGGGAGCCAAAGAGGCCGCGGCGGUGUCGCGCCCAGUGCCGGUCGUGAAUGACUUGUAUACAUUUUAUGAGCGGAUAUUAGCGAUGUCGGCUGACGAGGGAGACCGUUUCAAACGCGAAACUGCGGGCGAGGGGUAGCGCUAAGCACCGCAUGGGUGACGUCGGGUUGUUGUGUUUUAACCGUGUCCUUAAACAUACUUUGGUCACAGCGAUGUCCGAGCUUCUACACCUGAUAUGACCUGGGGUAUAUACGUCAGCUCUUUUUCAUCCUGAACAAACGGGCGCACUCUUCGCUGAGACGGAUUGCUUGGCGGGGUUUGUGCUCACAAGUUGUGAUAUGAUGUGAUUAAACAAGAUAAUAGCUUACGCUUAAAUAAACGGUAUAUUUUCUGAA